CUUCCGGUCGCUGCGCAGUUCGUCAGUCUGUCGGUCUGUUUGGAUCCUGAGGCCUGAAACCAGCAACGCUCAACAUUACCUACUACACCAACGCAGCCUGACAAAUUUGAUUUCUUUUUAUAUUUUACAUUGACCAAAAAGGCUUCUGUGUAUUGCCUGUGUGCGUGCUUUUUAUCAGCGUGCAGUCUACGCAAGUUGACCCGCUUUAUCGUCAGCUAGAUAAUCUGUCAUUAGCAUGAUUAGCAUGCUAACCUUAUGACAGAGUGCACUUGACUGUCUUGAGGUGCACCAAACGACAAGAAAUCGCCACAAACGGCUGAGGUCACUCAAGGUCAUCAGUAGGGGCGAAGUGGAUAAGUGUGGUUCUGACACAGAGGAAUGAGUCAUGACCACUGUGGUGAUUGUAGAUGGUGGAGGGAAUAUAUUGGAGUAUGUCACUGGAGAUGAGGAAGCUCAGCAGGUGAAGUCUGCACUUGUACAACAUAUACGCUGUCAUAAUAGAACUGCAACUGAGCUCAAAUCUACAUUACAACGACACCUAAAAUGUUUUGGUUUUUUUUACAAGGAGGUUUGUCAUGAUGGGAUGGAGGCUGAUGAAGAGAAGGACUGUCCUGCAGUUAUAGUGGAGCAGGUGAAUAGCGCUGAUGUGGAGCAGUGUUAUGCUGCUCAGGUGUUAGUCUAUGAUGAUCAGAAUACCUACCUGGUGCAGGAUGUGGCUGAGGAACAAGUUGUGGAGACUGAGUUGCAGGAGAUGGUAGCAGUGGAGGUCUCUGUGCAUGAUAAAACUAUUGAAGCAGCUGAAGCUUUGCUGCACAUGGAUUCACCAGCCAGCUUGCAGGGGGAUCGCAGCACAGAGGAGCUGUUAUCUGAGAUGGAGGUGGAAGUGACAUCAGAGGAUAUGGGACCCGUUGCCAAGGAUAUUGUUGUCCUGCAGGAGACUGAUUUACUGAAGAAGAAAAAGAGAGCAGGACGAAAACCCAGAACGCCAAGGAGUUUCUGUGAUGGUUCUUUGGAUAUGGUCUAUAAGAGGAAAUCAAAAGACAGCAAGGGCUCAACUACUUACCUGUGGGAGUUCCUGUUGGACCUUCUUCAGGACAAGGAAACCUGUCCAAAGUACAUUAAGUGGACUCAGAAAGAGAAGGGCAUAUUCAAGCUUGUGGACUCCAAAGCGGUGUCUAAAUUAUGGGGCAGACAUAAGAAUAAACCUGACAUGAACUAUGAGACAAUGGGGAGAGCACUCCGGUAUUACUAUCAAAGGGGCAUUUUAUCAAAAGUGGAAGGCCAAAGACUUGUGUAUCAGUUUAAGGAGAUGCCCAAAGACAUUGUUUUCAUAGAUGAUGACAACAUGGAUGACAGCAUUGAUGAAGGAAAGAGAGAGAGCCCAGCUGCAUCCAAUCGCAGCAAUCCAAAAGGCAAAGGGACCCUGGUCUCUCCCUCUUCUGCUGCACCUAAAAUCAUCAAUCUAAGCUCAGGACAAGAUGCCUUCAUGACUGUGCAGCAGUCGCCAGACAACAUAGCAACAGCCUCUGGGACAAUGAGGCUUGCCAUGCAGUAUCCUGUACUCAUGACAACACAGGGUCAGAAAAUCUCCACAGUAACUGUCAACUCUCCCACCGUCCGCUCGCCGAUCUUCCCUGUGCCCAACUCAGUCGCUGGGGCUAACAACGCAGGCAAAGUGGUUCUCCAGGCCGUGCCAACGCUAGUGCCUGCUCGGGGCCAAAGUGGAGAGAGAAUCACCUUGCAGCUCAUCACCCUUCCCACCAUGCCUGGCAAACCCGGCACUCCCAUCACGCUGAGUACACUCUCCCCUUUCACUGUGUCUACCAGCAACGCCCAAGUCCUGAAGCUCGCCGUCCCCUCCAACAUCACCACCACUGCCUCCACAGCUCCUGUAACUGUGGUGUCCUCACAGCCUGGAGUGACCGUGGUGCCGAGCGUACAGCCAGCGAUGUCUUUACAGGAUGUGACUAUUAUAAAGGUUGAAUCUCCUGAUGUUUCUGUGGAUCAGACAGUUAACAGGGCUGCAGAGAACACACCGAGCACACAGACGAACCCCACGACCACACAGAGCUGAGUAAACAUUACUGGAACCAACAUCAGCGCUUGUGACACAGAUGCACAUAAAACAAGUGAUGUGAAGAGUGGCUGGCUCUUAUGUGAAACUGAAGAAACCAGCACUACAGCUCAGAUGCUUGUUCAUGUCCAACACUAUAACCCACGGUGGUUUGUCUAGCCUGAGCCUGGAUUAGAUGUCAGAUGGCCUUUCUUCCUUCUUUUAUUUCUUAAAUGUAUCUAUUCAAAUCACGCUUUGUUAUAGCAUACCAUCUGUGCUGUGAUGCUGUAGGAACGAACCUCACUUGGUGCUAAAGACUGAGAGGAAGUCAUAUGGGUGAAGAGAAACAGCCAAGAUUUUCAUCACCUGGUAAUUUGGAGCAUAAAAGAAUCUGUGCGUAGACAUACCAUUGCGGUAGUUAUUGAUAAUAAAACAAGCAGCCUUAGGUCAGCUUUUUUCUUCUAAAUCAUUACUGAAAGUAAUUGAUUGCGCUUUUUGUGUAAAUAUGAGAUGUUUUUUUUUUUACAGUUUAAAGGAAACUUUUCCGAAGGACAUUCAAAUGUUUUUCCUGUUAUUUCAGAUUUUUUUUUAUAAUUUUCUUUGUGCAUUUAUCAUUGUAUGUUUUCAUGUAUCAUGCAUUCACUGCUUUGUAUUUUGCAAAUCUUUUUUUUUCACAUGUACAAAAAUGGGAAAGAAUGUCUUAUACAGUAUAUUGAAUAUUCAAUAUAUGAAGCAUAUAUUUUGUUGUAUUCUUACCCUAAAAAUGUAUCCAAGUAGAUUUAAAUAUAGAGAAAUAUACAAA